AUGUGCCAAACUCCAACUCCCCCCCCCCCCCUCUCCCCGCUCCAGGUCUCCUCAAACUGUGACCAGGUCUUGGUGAACGGCAAAGAAAUGCGCGGCCGGCAGUCUCUGGCGGUCAACUUCACCUACCUCCACCUCUCGGCUCAGCUGCAGCUCACCGUGUGGGUGCCCAAGCUCCCCCUGCAGAUCGACGUGUCGGACACUGAGCUGAGCCAGGUCAAAGGCUGGCGGGUGCCCAUCGUCACCAACAAGAGACCUACCAGGGACAGUGAAGAUGACGAGGACGAUGAGAGGAAGGGCAAAGGCUGUGCCCUGCAGUACCAGUAUGCCUUGGUGCGGGUCCUCACCCAUUUUGUGGCCGAACCCUCUGACCCCGGAGGAGAGAUGGUCUUCAUGUUGGGUGCUGACUGGCAAGCUGAUAUCACUCACUUGGUCUUGGACCAGCUAAAAGUAGAAGAUCCUCGCAUUGCCAGAUUGAUAGACGGACGGAUCCUGAUGGGGCGGGACCUGGGCAUUACUACAAUACAGGUCUGUUCUGUCCCCGCUGUCGACUCCAUCCUGGCAGAAAAGACUGUGACUGUGUUGGAUGACAAGGUCACCAUUACUGACAUGGGCGUCCAGCUGGUGGCGUCUCUUUCCCUCAGUAUGACAGGAAGUCCUGGAAAUAACCAAGCCAUACAGCUGACGACCACGGCCACGGAGCUGCUGCACACACACAAACAGGAGGCGGCGGUCAGCGCCUGGAUCCAGUACAGCGACGGCUCGGUGACGCCGCUGGACGUCUACGACCCAAAGGACUUCCUCCUCGCCGUGGUGUCGUUGGACGACGCCGUCGUCUCCGUCGCCAAUCAGGAGCAACACUGGCCUCUCGUAGUGGCGGAGGGCGACGGGCAGGGGGCGCUGGUCCGCGUGGAGAUGAUCAUCGCCGAGACCUGCCAGAAGUCCAAAAGGAAGAGCGUGCUGGCUUCCGGCGUGGGCAGCGUGACGGUGAGGUUCGCAGACGCCGGCGAAGACGCCGGCGCCGCGGGUCGAGGCGGGGGAGGGGGGGGGGGACAACAACAGCAGCACCAGCAGCAGCAGCAGCAGCAGCAGCAGCGUGCACCAAGAGAAGGCGGCGAGUGGAAGCCCAACGGCGCCGCAGCUGAUCGAGAGGAGGGAGCCAUGAGGAAGGUUAGCACAACGACCAAGAGCACAGUGACCCACCGGGCCUCGGGAGGCAAAGCCGACGGCGGCAGCAGCAGCAGCAGCCGGGGCGGAGGGGGGGGCAGUAGCUACCCGGCACAAGUGGAGGUACCGGGCACCGGGGACGGGGAGCUGACCCAGACCAGCAGAGGGCUGACGGACCUGGAGAUCGGAAUGUACGCCCUGUUGGGGGUGUUCUGCCUGGCCAUACUGGUCUUCCUCAUCAACUGCGUCAGUUUCGCCUUCAGGUACCGCCACAAGCAGGUCCCGGCGCUGGAGGCCGGCGACAACAUGAACCACGCCCACGACUGGGUGUGGCUCGGGAACGAGGCCGACCUCCUGGCGGACCACUCGGACCACUGCCAGGGCGGGCCGCCGGACGAGUGCACCACCGCCAUCGACCGCCACGAGGGAGGGUACGAGGAGAGCAAGUACCUGCUGAACGGGGCCGGCGCCGCCUCGGCGAUGGGCGCCGUCCGCGCCGGCGGCCACCGGGGCGUCGCCCGCGGGCAGACCCUGCCCAGGUCGGCGUCCGAACCGCACCAGUGCCUGCCGGCGAUCCCCGCCGGGGGCAAGAGCGCCGCUGGCCAAGCGGAGCGCCUCAACAACUCCCCCAGGGUCACGGCCGCCGCCGCGGUGGCCGCCGCCGCCAAGCGCAAGCGCGUCCAGUUCACGUCCUUCGCCACCGUUCUGCCCGCCGAUAAUUCGGGCGGCGGCGGCCCGUACGCCAAGCCCUCAGUGCUGGCGACCAAUGGGAGCGAGGAUGACAUCAAGUGGGUGUGCCAGGAUAUGGACCUGGGUCAGUCUGAAAUCAGAACCUACAUGGAGAGGCUACAAGACAAUCUGUGACUGGUGGGAGAGACACUGAGA